UGAUCUCUGCAAAUUUUGAAUAAACUUAUAUUCCUAAUGAAAGUUAAAAACGAAAGCGGGGGGAAAAAAGUAGGGCACAUCUGGUUUUACUCACAAAGCUUUUUGUGCUGACAUACGCACAGUCAUAUGGAGGGGAUUAAAAGGUUUUGGAUAAAUACCAGGUUUCUGUGUUUGUGCAAUAAAUUUCUUAUAAUGGAAUUCAUGGGGACCAAUGCACAGAUGAGGCUUUCUCUAAAAAUAAACAGUCCGUGUCUAAUUUCUUAGUUUCCUGACUGUAGGCCUGACGUCAUGUUGAAGCAAAGCAGAGGGGACGUGCAACUCCAGCCAACUUUCGGCAGGAUCAAGCCUGAGACAAGAGCCGCCCCCUCAGCUCCCCCUAUCCUUUCUCACAGUCAACAGGAAAGACAGGGCCAGAACUCUGAGAGAGCAGGGAAAGAAGAGACGAAGAGAAGAACAUCAUACAGAAGAUCGCACUAGAUGUCCAACAAUCUUCCCCCACAGGACAAAAUGGACAAGCAAAAACUGAGGGCUGAAAUCAGUCCUCGGGUGUCCAAGAAAUCUGCACAGCGCCUAAGCAGGGAUCUCACCUGCUCCAUCUGCCUGGACCUGUUCAAGCGCCCGGUUUCCUUGCCCUGCGACCACACUUUCUGCGAGGCCUGCAUUACAAGUUACUGGAGCGGCCCUCGUGGAAAAGGCCAGGGUGGGUCUGGUUCCUGUCCUCAGUGCCGGAAAGUCUUUCCAGGCCAGAGCUACAGACCCAACCGCAUCGUGGCCAACAUCGUGGAGAGCUACUGCCAGGGGAUCGAGGAGAGUGGGGGUCGGCUGACCGGGUUGUCAGCAGACACGGUUCCUCCAACCCCACUUUGCAACCGACACAGAGAAGAGCUGAAGCUGUAUUGUGAGGAAGACCAAGAGCUGGUGUGUCUGGUGUGUGGGAUCUCUCAGGAUCACCGGGCUCACACGCUGGUGUGCAUACAAGAUGCACAGCAGAGAUAUCGGGCUUCCCUAACCACUUCAGCAAAUGCUCUUCAAAAGGAGCUCAACACUGCUCUAGAGUGUGAGAGAGAGACUGAAGAGGAGGUGAAGAAACUGAAGGACCACACUGCAGAUCUGAAGCAGAGAAUCGAGGCACAGUUCAGCGAGCUUCACCAGGUCCUGUACCAGGAAGAGAAACUCCUGCAGGUCAAGCUGAAGACGGAGGAACGGCGAGAGCUGAUAAGGCUGGAUGAGCACAAGGCCCUGCUCAGUGUGGAGAUAUCACGCCUGCGCAGAGCUAUGAAUGACAUCGAGGACAAACUCAGGGAACAGGAUCCUUACACUCUACUCAGGAGUAUAAAGGGCCUGCUUCAAAGCAGGCAGCCACCGAAGUUUGAGAAGCCGGCGCUGACGCCACCCAGACUGUGUGAGGGCCGCUUUGCUGGGCCCCUGCAGUACAGAGUGUGGAAGUCACUGAAGGGAAGCAUCUAUCCAGUUCCCUCAGCCAUCACAUUUAACUCCAAAACAGCCAACCCCUGGCUCAGUCUUACAUCUUCGCUUACCUGUGUGCGCUACCAGACCUUUAACAACGUGGUGCAGGACAAUCCACAGCGGUUCAAUGCCGCGCUGUCUCUCUUGGGCAGUCAAGAGUUCACUAAAUGCCGCCACUACUGGGAGGUGGAGGUGUACAGCAGCACCGUGUGGACCGUGGGAGUUGCUCGUGAAUCCGUCACGAGAAAAGGUGUCAUCAAUACCAUGCCUGCCAAUGGCUUCUGGACGCUCUCACUAUCGUAUGGAGUUCAGUAUAUGGCCGGUACGUCUCCACCAACGUUGCUGUCUUUGGAAGAGCCACUGGCAAGGAUCGGCGUGUAUCUGGACUACAAAAGAGGCCUGGUGUCCUUCUAUAAUGCCGAGAGCAUGACGCACCUCUACACCUUCAAGGACAUCUUCACUGAGACCCUCUACCCUUAUUUUAACCUGGGCUUCCUGGAUAAAGUGCAUGAAAAUGAGCCUCUUAAAGUGUUCCUACCCAAAAUCUGAUCCCC